AUGCUUUUUAAGAGAGUUUUUGGUGUUCCUGUUUUUUCUCGAAAUUUUAUAUUUCAAAAUAGAGCAAAUAUUAGGGAAAUAGAUAUAAAAUAUGUACCAAGUCGAUUUUAUUCUGAAGAACAUUUGUCAAAAGAAGACAUUGAAAAACGUAUUAUAGAUAUAGUUAAGAGUUUUGACAAAGUUACUGAUCCAUCAAAAAUUACACCUACAUCGAGUUUUUCAACUGAUUUAGGGCUGGAUAGCUUAGAUACUGUUGAAGUUGUAAUGGCCAUUGAAGAAGAGUUUAAUAUUGAAAUUCCAGAUAAAGAAGCGGAUGAAAUACAGACUGUUGGCCAGGCAAUUACAUAUAUUUCUAACCAUCCGGAUGCUCGUUGA